CUGAAUGUUGUUGUUGGUGGAGAGACUACAAGAUCGAAGAGGGAGAGACUGCAAGGAAGGCAGAGAGACGGCAGGGAAGGGGAGUGAUGGACAGGGAUGAGGCUAGACAGCCAGGGGCCCUUCUAUGACAGCCUGAUGUCUCCGGCUAUAGACACUGACCCCAGACACACACAAGAGACAGCCGUCCUCUGACUACAACAAGAGACAUCCCUCUACCCACCAGGAGAAACACCAGACAUCCCGCUCACCGCUCGUUUGGUGGAUGAGACUGACCAAGACCAACCCCGGAGAGACGACCGACCAAGACCAACCCGGAGAGACCCCACACCCCGAAUCCCGAGACGUCUCCUCACCUGAACGGACGCCUCUGAGACACCAGCCAGAGCUCAGGGCAGCGCCAGCCGAGGGAUGUGCAUGGAGAACUGAGCCUCCUGGAAGCGCCAUCUUUGCCCCCGGCCUGUCAGUCAAGUCCUGGGCUUUGGAGAUCCAGGAAGGGGGUCUUAGUCCCCUCUUCAUGUCUGUCCAGCCGUUGGACAUCAGGAUGAACCUUCCUAGCCAAUCUGUGGAGGUCACCCCUCUCCUUUCUGCAGCAGUGCCCUCUUCAAGCAGCCUCCCCCCAAGUCCCGGGGAGUUGAGGCAAGAGCCACGGGCAGCUAGUGGUCCCGGAGCGGUUAUGGACCCGGUGAACCGGGAGCAGCAGCUCCAGCAGCAACUCAUCCUCCUGAAACAGCAGCAACAACUUCAGAAACAGCUACUUUUUGCCGAGUUCCAGAAGCAACAUGAGAACCUGACAAGGCAACACGAGGUCCAGCUCCAGAAGCACCUCAAGCAGCAGCAAGAGAUUUUGGCAGCCAAGAGGCAGCAGGAAUUGGAACAGCAAAGGAAACGAGAGAGGCAGAGACAAGAGGAGGCCGAGAAACAGAGACUGGAGCAACAACUCCUGAUACUCAGGAACAAAGAGAAAAGUAAAGAGAUUUUACCUUUUGUCCCCGUCUGUCAUUUUGUGUCCCACCAAGGUGCCAUAGCCAGCACAGAGGUGAAGCUAAAGCUUCAGGAAUUCCUGCUCAGCAAGUCUAAAGAGGUGCCAGGAAUUGCAAACCAUUCCAUCCUACAGCACCCCAAAUGUUGGGGAACUCACCAUACCUCACUAGACCACGGCUCCCCUCCUCAGGCGGGAUCUCCAGCUACUCCUCCUUCUUACAAGAUGUCUCUACUGGGAACCUGCGAUGGGCGAGAUGACUUUCCUCUUCGCAAAACUGCCUCUGAACCUAAUCUAAAAGUCCGCUCACGGUUAAAGCAGAAGGUUGCAGAGCGACGCAGCAGCCCCCUCCUCCGCAGGAAGGAUGGAACGGUCAUUAGCGCUUUCAAGAAGAGAGCCAUUGAGAUUCAAGUGUCCUCAGUAUGUAAUAGCGCCCCCGGAUCAGGACCCAGCUCCCCAAACAGCUCAAAUAGUGCCAUCUGUGAGAAUGGAUUGACUGGGAGUGUGCCCAAUAUUGCCAGUGAGAUGUUGCCUCAGCAAAGAGUCCUUACGUUAGACGGGACAGGAGGGCCUUUGGGCCUAUACACUUCUCCGUCACUACCCAACAUCUGCCUACAGGGAAGCGCCAGCAGCCUCAGUGGCCAGUUUACCCCCCAGGAGGGGGCUGAACGCCAAACCUUAAGGUCGGGUGGUCCUUUCCUCAGCACCACAACCCUCCCCACCCUGGAUGGAGGGGAGAUCAGUUUAGGUGCCCCGUCCCUACUGCAGCAUGUCCUCCUAUUGGAGCAAGCCAGGCAGCAGAGUGCCCUUAUAACAGUCCCGUUACAUGGUCAAUCGCCCCUGGUGGGGGGAGAACGCGUGUCCAGUUCCUUACGGUCGGUCACAAAAGGCCCACGACAUCGUCCGCUGAGCCGCACACAGUCCUCUCCACUCCCGCAAAGUCCCCAGGCCCUUCAGCAACUAGUACUUCAACACCAGCACUACCUAGACCAACAGCAGCUCAGCAAGAUGCAGGUUGUUUUCUAUCAGACUGUGGAGGGAUUACGCCCGCCACCCACCCACCCCGAGGAAACAGAGGAGGAACUGACUGAGCAAGAUGGCGGAGAGCGGUGUCGAGCUGUGUUCACCUUGGAUGGAGGCACAGAGAGCGAGGAAACGCAAGAGGAGGAAGAGGGAGGAGAUGACGAUGACGAAGACAGUGAAGAGGGGCCGACCAACGGCUCAGAGAGCACAUUCAAAAAGCUGUUCCCAGAUGCCCUCCCUCUCUAUCAAGGCUCUCUUCCUCAUUCAGCCCUAAGUCGGACCCAGUCCUCUCCAGCAGCUCCACUCACCUCCUGCAGUUCAGAAUCGCGACGACGUGUCCUGAGCACUACAGGCUUAGUCUAUGACACUCUUAUGCUGAAGCAUCAGUGUACCUGUGGAGACACCAAUAACCACCCAGAGCAUGCUGGGAGAAUACAGAGUAUCUGGUCCCGACUGCAAGAAACUGGUCUCCUCGGCAAGUGCCAGCGCGUACGAGGAAGGAAAGCCACGCUGGAUGAAAUUCAGACGGUUCAUGCUGAGCAUCACACCCUGUUAUAUGGGACCAGCCCACAGAGCCGUCACAAGCUGGAGAGCAAGAACCUGCUGGGUGAGGAGCUGACUGUACAGGCUCGUGAUAAGUCUGGGGAAAUAAAUGAAGAAUGGGGACCUCUUUCUCAGAAGAUGUAUGCAGUUCUGCCCUGUGGAGGGAUUGGGGUGGACAGUGACACUGUGUGGAACGAACUACACUCCCCAGCUGCUGUCCGAACAGCUGUUGGUUCCCUUCUUGAGCUGACAUUCAAAGUGGCAUCUGGAGAGCUGAAAAAUGGAUUUGCAGUUAUCCGACCCCCAGGACACCACGCUGAGGAAUCGGUUGCCAUGGGUUUCUGUUUUUUUAACUCUGUAGCUAUCGCUGCCAAAUUGCUCCGCCUGAAGAUGAAUGUGGGCCGGAUCCUGAUAGUGGAUUGGGAUAUUCACCAUGGUAAUGGAACACAACAAGCCUUCUACAGUGACCCCAAUGUCCUUUACUUGUCUCUCCACCGUUAUGAUGAUGGCAACUUCUUUCCCGGUAGUGGCUCUCCAGAGGAGGUUGGCACCGGUUGUGGCGUGGGAUACAAUGUGAACAUUGCAUGGACAGGAGGUGUGGAACCCCCUAUUGCGGAUGCUGAAUAUCUUGCUGCUUUCAGAACGGUGGUCAUGCCCAUAGCUCAGGAGUUCUCCCCUGAUAUUGUCCUGGUCUCCGCAGGAUUUGAUGCAGUGGAGGGGCACCAGAGCCCACUCGGAGGAUACUCUGUUACAGCUAAAUGUUUUGGUCACCUUACCGCACAGUUGAUGUCUCUGGCGGGUGGAAGAGUUGUCAUGGCUUUGGAAGGGGGUCAUGACUUAACAGCCAUCUGUGACGCCUCUGAGGCGUGUGUAUCGGCUCUUCUAGGCUUGGAGCCUGCGCCAAUUGAGAACAGCGUCCUGCAGCAAAGGCCCAACGACAACGCACUGAGCACACUAGAGAGAGUCAUUGCUAUCCAGAGAAAACACUGGAGCUCCUUAAACAACAUGACUGUGGGUCAUUCCCUUUUGGAAGCACGGCGAGGAGAAGCAGAGGAGGCGGAAGCCGUUACUGCAUUGGCCUCAUUAUCAGUAGAUACAGAACAGAGCAAUACAGACUGUAUCUCUAGGCCAUUGGAAGAGCCCAUGGAGGAAGAGCCAGCUCCUUGAUCUCCCCCUCCCCCUCUCUUUGGACUCCACACACCGCAAUCCUUUUUUUUAUUUUCCUUUCUUAGUUUUUGUUAUGGUGAUCGGUUUAUUUUUUCUAUUAAAACCAAGAAACAGAAAAAAAAAAAAAAAAGAAAAAAUGAGAAAAUAUAAAUGGGUCACAUGUCCUGUGUUCAAGCGGGCAAGACUAGCACACCCACCCUUCCCUCUCCUCGGGACCCCUCACUCUAAGCCUACACCCUGUCUCUGCUGCUGAGUCUGGUAAUGCUACUGCUAAUGUUCCAUUGAUUUGUGCCUCUUACACCACUGAUAUCCUCACAGCUUCCUUUUAGUACUUCUGUUCCAUGUCUUAAAGUGGGCCUGCUGUAUACACACAGUAGAAGCAGCCAUUUUGAAAGCCUGACAAGAUGGCCAGUACCAAACAUCAUCUAGGGAAUAUGUUUUGUUGGGUGGAAUCUUGAUUUUUUUGGGACCCAAAAGAGUGGGUUUUGUUAUGGCGGAACUUUGAUGAAGGGGCCUAUUAUGUCAAUAUAUCUUUUUGACUUAUAUUGGCAUGAAUGAUGACCUGUUUAAUGUCUCUUGACAUGUACACGUGGUUUCUAUUGAAUGUUUUUUUUUUAAAUAUUGGAUCAGGCCUAAAGAUGGCGGCAAUUACUGUGUAGGCACUGGGUUCACUUUACAUGCUCAUCAGUUGAAUUCCUAUAUUUACUAAGGCCCAUUUCAUUUCAUCCUAAGGAUCGUUGCUUUCAAAUGUUACUCAAUUUACUAACUGCUGAAUGGCAUGAAAAGAGUUUUUGGGUCAAUUGUGAAGGGAACCUUGAACUCAUCAGCGUUUGGUAAGGACAGCGGUCAAGUCACUUCAAGAGUUUUUCCAUGAGAUGUCUACCUGUCAUUUAUAUUCAGGUGGUUAAAGGGUGAUGGGGCAGAGUCAGGUCAGGCUCCUCUAGUGAUCUCCUCCUCUCACAGAAGCAUUAGUGUGACCAUAAACAGGAGAAGAUUUACAGAGGAACUUAAUGGCACCGGAUCUGGCAAAACGUAGGCAUGACUUUGCAUAGACUAAAUCCAUCUCUUUCUACUCAAGCUGAAGAUACCACUGCCUAAACACAGGUUUGUUUAUCAUUAGAUCAAAUGUGCAGUUUUGUGUUGAGUGAUUGGAGGUAUACAUCCAACAAUGACUGUACUAACCAUUACAGCCUUGGAAAGCCUCCUAUAUUGCUGAUUCAUGAUACUUUGUUGAUCGACAUGGCCAGUUGGUGAUCAGAUGAAUAUUGUUUUGGAUGACAAGCAAGGCUGGAAAGUUAACACAUACUACCAGUUCUAUGCUACUUAUAUUCGGAGAUUGCCAUUCUGUUGUAUCUUGGCAGAUUUGCAAUUCUAUACCCAGUGAAUCUGCUGGUUACCAUAAAGCAAGUAAACACCCAUCCCAUGUCUAAUGGCGCGUACACACGGUCGGAAUUUCCGACAAGAAAAGUUCCGACCGUGUGUAGGCCCCAUCU